AUGGAGAAUUCGGUGACCUCUAGGAAUAAGGCUCUCUCUUCUUCUAAUAAUGAAAAAACAACAGAGGAUUCUCCUGAAGAGAGCAGCUGGACUUUCUAUUUGCAGGACUUCCAAUGUGAUCAUCAUGACCAUGAUAACACUGGUUCUGUCUCUUAUAAUAGCUGUGAAAGUUGCCCAUCUCUUGUUUCUGAUGCAUUUUCUUCAGCAGCCAGAAAAGCUCCUGAUGACAUUGAGGCUGCAGUCUUUGCUUCAGCCAGAAGUAAUUGCAAGAACUUAAGUUUCAAGAGGCGCAAAGCUAAAGCAAGUGCAGUACUCAAUGAUCAUGACUUGGAAGAUACUGCUAGUUCGCCCGUCAAUAGUCCUAAG